AUGGAGUUUAUACAAGACUACGCAGCUCUCCUCCCGCGCCUCCUCCCACCGUCCUUCGCAAACCCCCUCCUCCACCUCCUCACAACCUUCUUCGGCAUCUCGCGCACGCUGUCAACGCACCUCUCACCCCUCCUCAACAAACUCAUCACCCAACCCGAUGUCGCCUCCAUCCUCGCGCUGCUGGCCAUAUUCUUCAUCUCGCUCAAGAUACUGGACAUGAUGUACCGGGCCGUCAUCUUCUGGGUGAACCUGGCGUUGCGACUGGUGUUCUGGGGCGGGAUACUCGUUGUGGGCUUUUGGGUGUACAACAGAGGGCCCGAGGGCUUUGUCGAGGAUGUGCAGGGCUUGGGCGAGUACUGGCUGGGUCAGUAUGAGGUUUAUAGUCAGGAGGUUAAGGGGUUUCAGCAGCAGAAGGAGGAUCAGAUUAGGAUGAAGGCUAGUGCGCAGCAGCAGCAGAAGAGGAAGGGGUGGCGGUGA